UAUACACGAAUGAGACUAACUUUAAAGAGAAUCGUGUGGGCUUUUUAUUAAGAAUUGAUAGUGGUCAUCAACAAACAAUAAAACUACAGGAAAAAUGUGAUGUACAAAAGUCAGAGACUCCUUUCACGCCUAAAUCAUCUAGAUUACUUAAAUCACCUAAAUCGAAAUGUCAAAUAGAACAAGAGUUCCUAACAAUACAGGCGCGUGCUUUGAGUCAACUAAGAUCUGCUCUUAAAAAAGCCUUAGAAAGAUUUAUUAAAAAGCCACCAAAGUUUCAAAAUAAAGAUGAUCACAUGAUUCUUGUUCAUGUGAGAUCUUAUUUUGAAAGAGCAAUUAAAAAUCUUCAUGGCCAUUUUUAUGAGUACAGUUCUCCCAAAGCCUCGCAUGUAUUUGGAGGAGUUCCAACC